UUUAGUGUCAUAGUUGUGGUAAAGCAGGCACCGUGGCUGAGGCGGCUGGCUGACCCACACUCUCACGGAACGUUUAUAUUCCAUUUUGUUUUUAUUAUUGCAGUCAGUCAUGGACCUGUUGGAUCCGAUAAUGGCCAUUGCCGAAAAGGUCUAUUCCCUCUGUGGUGAAGUCAAGGCCAACAAGCAUCGCUCCAAGCGAUUGGCACGUCGCGUCUCGGCGCUGACAGAAAUGGUGGAGGCGGUGAAGGUACAUGGAUUAGGUGGCCAGCCUCGGCUUGUGGAGAGAGGCCUGCGAGAACUAAAACUGACGCUAGAGUCAGCGCUAGACGUGGUGAAGAAGUAUGCCUCCACCAGCUGCCUGAAGCGUAUUGUUCGAGCAUAUGACUUAGGCGAUGAGUUUGCGAUCCUGAACGAGCGGUUGAACGAUGCGGCUCAUCUCCUCUCGCUCGCCCUGGCCGCUGACCAGAAGGACAAGUUGGAUGUGGUGUUCGAGGAGGCCAGGCGGAGAAUAGAGGACAAGGAUGAUAGAGAAAGCGACCGACACGAACUACAGAAAUUGCUCCAGGUGGCUGAGGAAACGAAAGGAAGCGUACAUGCAGUGCAUGACAUUGUGGACGAGACGAAUAGAGGCGUAAAGAACAUUGAAGCAAUGCUGAAGUCAUUGAGGGCUCCCAGCAUCCACUUGCAGGACAUCAGAGAGAUCCGCAUGGAAGAGCUGACCUUUGACGUGCCCAAGAAGCCCUUCAUGACGACCCCCACCUCUGAGGUCUUCAAAGGAGAGUUCAGCAAGUUUACUGUGGCCAUCAAGAGAUACACAUACCCCAUAAGCACUAGUGCCAGCAUGGUGAGAAGUAUCUUCAAUAAAGAGGUGGAGACCAUGAAGCGCUUUGAAUCUCCAAACAUCCUCAGAAUGUUUGGAAUUUGUGUCCAAGAUGAAAACGGUCCCAAUCCCAACUUCUUGAUUGUCAUGGAGUACUGUGAAAAAGGCUCAUUAAAACAAGUGCUGGAUGGCAACUACAAACUACCCUGGGACAGAAAAUCCCGGAUGUGUCUUGAUGCCGCACAAGGGCUCUACAGAUUGCACCAGUCGGAGGAAAAGUUCAAAGUUCAUGGAUGCAUCAACAGUAACAAGUUUCUGGUUGCUGCAGGAUACAGAGUUAAGCUUGGAGGUUUUGAGCUUGCUAAAACAGAGACGUCGCUGAGGAAAAAUAACAGUGGGAAGUUCAGCACUUUGUGCUACAGCUCCCCUCAGCAACUGCAGAGCAUCAAUCACCCCUAUGAUAAAGCCUGUGAGAUAUACAGUUUUGGCAUUGUGCUGUGGGAAAUUGCAACUCGAUGUGCUCCUUUUAAAGGCUGUGAUCAAAAGUUUGUCUAUCAAAAAGUUUGUGAGGAGAAAGCCAUGGAGCCCUUACCCGAAGACUGCCCCCGUCAGUUAGGAGAGCUAAUCGAUGCUUGUCGUUGCUAUGAUGACUUCCAGAGACCAACAGCUGGAGUGCUUGUGGAUAAGUUACGCAAGGUUGUGGAACAGUUGGAAGAGGAUUGACACUGGAAGUUUUCAACUCAUUGAAUAAUUUGAUUGAAAAACUUAAAUGAAAUGUAUCUCUCUUAAUAGGCUAAGAGCAGCAGGUUGUACCGCAGAUUCAAUCAGGAGUUAUCUGUAUGUAUUAUGUGCCUACGGUAUCUGUCUAGUUCAGCAUUUUGAAGCUGUUGACAGAUUUAGAUUUAAUAAAUUAGACUUUUUUUUAAUAAAAAAUCACAACAGGGUACUCAACAGAAUAUAUUUCAUCCUGAAAUAAAACAAAGUGAGAUGAUAUGAAUAUUACUCUAGGCCUAAUCUAGAAUAAGUCAUGUCUUCAUUUUAUGUAUUUAAAUUUCAGGGAAUAAAUAUGGAAACAAUA